CAUCCGCCAGUAUCUGUCUCUGUGCGUCUAUGUGUCUGACAGAGUAAUAAUCAUUUCAUCCGCCGCCGCGCUGUACUGCAGCCCUCUGCCCGACUGCGCGGCUCGCCGACCGGACACUGCGCGUGGCGUGCACCGGUGAUGAUGUGAAGCUGCAGCCGAUCGCACAAAGGCAGGGGAUGAGACGGUAGGAGGCUUUUCUAUGGGCCAGCCUGCGGUGAUUAACUCGCCCUAACGAUGUCUAAGAGCCUCAAGAAGAAAAACCACUGGACCAACAAAGUCCACGAAGCGGUGAUAACCCGGGGGAAGGAAGGGGAGCUGGGGUUCGAGCUGAAGGGGGGCGCGGAGAACGGCCAGUUCCCUUACUUCGGCGAGGUGAAGCAGGGGAAGGGACUGAUCCAGAGCGGCAAACUGGCCCAGGAUGAGCUGCUGCUUGAGGUCAACAACAUGCCAGUGGCCGGGCUCACCACCCGGGACGUGCUGGCCGUGAUCAAACACUGCAAAGACCCGGUCCGCCUCAAAUGUGUCAAGCAAGGGGGGGUGGUUGACAAGGAUUUGCGGCACUACCUCAACCUGCGCUUCUCCAAGGGCUCAGUGGACCACGACCAUCAGCAGAUCAUCAGAGACAACCUCUACCUCCGCACCGUUCCCUGUACCACCAGGCAGCCUAAGGAGGGGGAGGUGCCGGGGGUGGACUACAACUUUGUGAGUGUGGAGCGUUUUAUGGAACUGGAGCAAAGUGGAGCCCUGCUAGAGAGUGGAACCUAUGAAGCAGGUCACAACACCAAAACUACAUCAUGGCUGGAUCCUCGGCUCGCAAAGAAAGCGAAGCCACCAGAAGAAUGCAGGGAAGACGAGCUGCCCUAUGGCUGGGAGAAGAUAGAUGACCCCAUCUAUGGCAGCUACUAUGUAGAUCACAUUAAUCGAAGGACUCAGUUUGAGAACCCGGUCCUGGAAGCCAAGAGACGGCUGGAGCAGCAGAGGCAGAUGCAGAGCCAGGGACUCUCUGCACUACCGCUGCCCACUAUAUUCAGAGAGAAGCCGUUGUUUACGAGGGAUCCGACCCAGCUGAAGGGCACCUUCCUGUCAACAGCCCUCCAGAAGAGCAACAUGGGAUUUGGCUUCACGAUUAUAGGAGGCGACGAGCCCGACGAGUUCCUGCAAGUUAAGAGCGUAAUACCAGACGGACCCGCCGCUCAGGACGGAAAGAUGGACACAGGUGACGUCAUUGUCUACAUAAACGAUAUCUGCGUACUCGGCACCACACACGCCGACGUGGUGAAGCUUUUCCAGUCCGUACCGAUCGGUCAGAGUGUCACCCUCGUGCUCUGUCGAGGCUACCCUUUGCCUUUUGACCCCGAGGACCCAAGUGGCGCAGCGAGCACCUCCCUGACACCCAUUGGCUUGGAGCACCGCCCCUUGGUGGUGAACGGUCGCGGCAGCUACGACCCUUACCUGGAGUAUCUGUCGUUGAGCUCCCAGCUGCCUCCUCAGGCUCUGGCCCAGGCCGGAGCUCCUCACCCCGGUGACACACAUCUGGAUGGCUCAUCACUGCCACCCACCACACCUGGUUCAGCAUCGGCACUCACGCCCCACGACGACAACGUGUCCAUGGCUUCUUCAGGGACUGCAGGGGUUGCUGGGGCAACAGCACAAGGGGCAGAGCUUCUGACAGUUACCAUGGUGAAAGGGGCCGAGGGAUUUGGGUUCACCAUUGCCGACAGUCCCACUGGUCAGCGAGUAAAACAGGUGCUGGAGCCGGGCUCACAGGGAGCAUCGGGGUUGAUAGAGGGAGACCUGAUCCUGGAGGUGAACCAGCAGCCAGUGGCUGCAGCUGGACAUGGACGAGUGGUGGAGAUGCUGAAAGAGUGUCCUGUGGGAGCCGAGGCAACACUCCUCAUACAGAGAGCAGGAACAGGCCAUAUCUCUCCGUGGAAGGCCUCCAAACAGUUGCCUGACCAGUGGGACCCACACGGCAGCCCCCAAGCAAACCUGUCUGGCCCGGUUUUACCACCUGGCACACCCUUUCCAAACCAGCCACAGCACCGCACGUCCGUGCCUGACUCCACCGAGGGCUUUGAUCUUAACAAACCUGACCCCUACGACCUUUAUGAGAAGUCAAGGGCCAUUUACGAGAGCCGACGUCCCGAGUAUGAAGAGGUGGAGGUGCACUUGCUGAGAGAGAAGACCGGGUUCGGCUUCCGCAUCCUGGGGGGAGACGAGGCCGUGCAGGCUAUUGUUAUUGGCGCUAUAAUAGAGAACACUCCUGCUGAGCGUGAUGGGCGGCUUCGACCCGGGGACGAGCUCAUUUCUGUGGAUAAAAAUGUGGUUGCUGGGAAACCACACAAAUACGUAAUAGACUUGAUGCAUGCAGCCGCUCGCAACGGUCAAGUCAGCUUGACUGUGAGAAGGAGGGUGCUAACGCCUGGUGAACCGUGUCCUGUGAAUGGCCGCAGCCCCGGCUCGGUGUCGACACAACACAGCUCCCCACGUAGCGAUGCAGCCUCUGCUUCAGGCCCUCCGGCGGUCGCCGUCCCCGCUGCCACCUCUCCUCCAGAGGCAUCUGCUCUGCAGACCAGUGAUGUGGUAAUUCACCGCAAGGAGAAUGAGGGCUUCGGCUUCGUCAUCAUCAGCUCCCUGAACAGACCGGAGAAUGCCACCGUCAUCACUGUGCCUCAUAAAAUAGGACGUAUCAUCGAGGGCAGCCCUGCCGACCGAUGUGGCAAGCUGAAGGUGGGCGACCGGAUCCUCGCUGUGAACGGACAGUCCAUCAUCAGCAUGCCGCACGCAGACAUUGUCAAGCUCAUUAAAGAUGCUGGGCUAACAGUCACACUGCACAUCAUACCAGAGGAGGGUUCCCAUUCUGGCCCCAGCUCAGAGAAGCAGAGCCCCAUGACCCAGAAACACAGCCCCCAGACCCAGCCCAGCCCUGUAGCCCAGCCAGGCCAAGGAGGCACCCUGCCUGGCCAAACGGCCACUCAGACAGGUCAAGCACCUGCCCAGACUGGCCAGAUACCAGCUCAGACAUGCCAAACAGUGACUGGCCCUCCUGCACCAGCAGCCUCCCAGCCUGCACCAGCUGGAACCCAGCAGAGCCCAGUAACUCAGCCCUCCGGCCUCCCUCCACACCUCUACCUCCACGACGGCAGGUCAGAGGUAAAAGCCAGACAGGACGUCAAACCUGACUUCCGCCAUCCUCCAUUCACUGAUUACAGGCAGCCUCCUGUAGACUAUCGUCACCCACCGGUUACUGAUUAUCGACAGCCCCCGACGCUGGACUACAGACACCCACCUGGUCUGCUGGACUUCAGACAGCACCCUGCAGCUGCACAGUUCCCUCUGGGGAUCCCUGCUGACUUCAGACCACAGGAUUUUGAUUACUUCACGGUGGAGCUGGAGAAAAGCACAAAGGGUUUUGGCUUCAGUAUCCGCGGGGGCAGAGAGUACAAGAUGGACCUAUUUGUGUUGCGCCUUGCUGAGGAUGGUCCUGCGAUACGUAAUGGAAGGAUGAGGGUAGGGGAUCAGAUCAUAGAGAUUAACGGAGACAGCACUCGGGACAUGACUCACGCCCGCGCCAUUGAACUCAUCAAGGCGGGAGGCAGGCGGGUCAGGCUGCUGCUAAAGCGAGGCACAGGACAGGUGCCAGAAUAUGACUGUGCCGGCCCCUGGGAUUCCCUUUCUACAACCCACUCUGCCCUGCAGGAAGUGACCCUCGAAACCCACCAGAAUCCAUUGCUCUCAUCCCAUCCAGCCUCAGCCCCAGACUCCCCUCAUCAGCUCCCUCUAGAGGCCACAGUGUGCAUGGCAGACAAAGCUCCACAGCUGACAGACCACAGCUCCAUUAGAGGGGCUACAGGUGGCAGGUCCACCCAGCAGAAGUGCAUCACCAGGGGGCAGGGAACCCCUCAGGGGUCUGGAGAGGUGGACUGUGGACCAGGCGACAGACAGCCUCGGGCUUUGCCUCCCAAAGCUGUCCUGGGGAGGUCUGUUGAAAGAAGAGAAAGGCAGAGGGACACUUGCUCCCCCUGCUGUGAGAGAAAGGGCCUGCACACACAGGCGAUGAGCACUGUCUGGCCCUGGGACCCGUAUGUGAGUGUGAAUUUUAAUGGAGCCUCUCUAGGCAGUGGAGACGGACAUGUCAGCCUCCAGGAGAGGCUGGUGUCCAGAGGUCUGUUCCCCAGAGAAGAUGAGAGGGCCAGUGGCCACAGUGGGCUCUGCUGCCCCUCUAAAACCAUGGAAGAUCCUCCUCCGAGGAGCGCAGCAGCCUCCCCUGGGCCCUGGAACGUCCCUGGGUCUGACAAACUGCCUGGCACCCUGAGGUCCUGGACCUCCACAGUAAGCAGGUAGAAUGGAUCUCGCUGGUUUGGACCGGAUCACAUUGUCUGGCUCCUCAUUCAGUUCACCAUCGGAUAUCUGAGAAAAACAGUUAAUCUCCCUCGCCCCUCUCUUUCUGUCCCGUUUUCUUCUCCAUCUACUUCUGAGAUCAUAUUUUAUGUUUCAUUUGUUCUUACAAGAGAAUUAUUACACCCACCACCUUAAAAAA